GCCGGGGCGUUUUGUUGCAAGCCAGAUCUUCUGCUCAUGCACACCGCGAAGAAUCGUCCUGCUCGAGCUGCAGUGGCCAGCUCAAUCUGUAUGGUUAAAAUGGUAUGCAGUGUUCGCUAGGUCCAAUUGCCUCUAAAGAAGACGAUCAGAAAGGUGCAAGGGAGACCACAGCAGCGGACCUUUCUGGACGCUGCGAAUAAGUCUAGAAUUGGCAAGUCUACAUUGAUUUUAAUGUAGAUUCUUCUACGGCCGCGGAUUCUGUACGUGCUGAUUGCUGCUGUGUUCAAAGUAAUCCCAACAAUUCUUGACGAUCUAGCUGAUCUUUUGUGAAGGCAGCAGCAGUUUAGGUCCCAGAGAAGUGCCGCUAGCUCACCGGGCACUCUUGCGCAAUGCCGUCUUUUGUGGCAUCUGAUGAGCGUGUCUGGCGGGAGGCAGAGAAGCUGGCCGCCGCACACGGAGGGCCCCGGGGGGUGCAGAAAGCUGUGGAGAAGGACGCAUCGCUGCUUAAGGUGCUGGCGCUGCCGGAGGAAGCAGAGAGGAUCGACCUGAAUGCUUUGAAGAACGAGGUUGACAUUGUUAUUCCCACCAUCCGCGACUGCGACUUCCUCGAGCAGUGGCGGCCGUUCUUCGGGCAAUGCCACCUGAUCAUCAUCAAGGACGGUGACCCCGACAAACCGAUCCGCGUGCCCGAGGGCUACUCGUACGAACUCUACACGCGGCGCGACAUUGAGCGCAUCCUGGGGGAGAAGGCCAAGUGCAUCUCCUUCAAAUCCGCCGCGUGCCGCUGCUUCGGCUUCCUCGUCUCCAAGAAGAAGUACAUCUACACAAUUGAUGACGACUGCUUCGUGUGCAAGGACCCCUCUGGCAAGGAGGUGGACGCGCUGCAGGGCCACCUGUUCAACCUGGUCACUCCCGCCACCCCCUACUACUUCAACACCAUGUACGACCCCUGGGAAGACGAUGCCGACUUCGUGGCCUGCUAUCCGUUCACCAUGCGGCGAGGAGUGCCCACAGCCAUGUCCCACGGCAUGUGGCUCAAUGUCCCGGACUACGACGGCCCCACGCAGCUUGCCAUCGACAACUCGCGGAAGCCGGCGCAAAACAGUUACCGCUACGUUGAUGCCACAUUGACGAUCCCAAAGGGCUCGCUCUUUUCCUGCUGCGGCAUGAACCUCGCGUUCAACCGGGAGCUGGUCGGGCCGUCCAUGUACUUCGGCCUCAUGGGACAGGGAACGCCAUGGGGCCGGUACGAGGACAUGUGGGCAGGCUGGUCGACCAAGGCAAUCUGCGACCAUUUGGGGCUGGGCGUCAAGACGGGCAAGCCUUACAUCUGGCACAGCAAGGCCAGCAACCCGUACGCCAACUGGGACGUCGAGGUUAACGGCUUCCACUGGCAGGAGGUCAUCGUGCCAUUCUUCCAAAACAUGAAGUUCUCGUCAAAGGCGACCACCGUACUAGAUUGCUACCGGGAGGCGGCCGAAAAGGUGAAGACGGAGCUCGUGGCUUUGGACCCGUACUUCUCACAGCUGGGCGCCAUGAUGGAGGUGUGGCUGGACGCCUGGGAGGAGCUCAACCCCGGGAUGAAGGGCUUUGAGGCCCCCAAGUCGGCCAACAGCGCAUAAGCGAUUGACCAACCGGCUGCUCAUUGAACGCCAAGCCGGAUGCCCGGCUGUCUAUGCACGCACAGCGGCACAUAGCGGUUAUCUAUUCGCAGGCGUUGUACUGCUUGUCAAACUGCGCCCAAUAUCUAGGAAAGAAAAGUACAGUCGGCAUUUAGCGUUCGGCGAAAAUUUAGCCCCCUGCUGACGGUUCGAGACGGGCCUGCACGGAGCCUUUUGACGCUAUGAUUUCUGUAUACAGCUGACCACUAGUGAUUUGUGUUCUGCCGAGCAGGAUAGGUCCUGGUCCUCCAACAGCAGUAUUCUUUCGUAUAAGGUCUCCGUUGCAGUUGCAAGCAACGGGGACUCGGACCGAGUCUAUCUGGGAGAGAGUGCCAUUAAAGACAAGGGCUCUUUUGCACAGCAAUUAAAAUGGAUCUAGUGACUCCCGCGAAAAGAGCUAACCCGGCGCUGAUCGUGGCAUAUUGACUUUUGUGGUGUACUUCUUGCGCGCUCUCUAAAUUCAUCUUCCAGCGGCACUCAGUAGUCGGCAGUUGACCGGACGCUAUUGCAACCACUGUUGUUUUCUGUCAAGUAUAGCAAGUAGGUUAAUCUAUAGUAG